GUUGCGAUCAACAAGAUGGCGUCGUUAGACGAAAAUUCCAAUGCUGUGCUUCAAGGAAUCGCAAGACACAUCAACUGUUUAUCUGAGGAAAACCGAAAUACACGGAAGAAAGCUAUUGAAAGUAUCAGAAGUGACACGCUUGGACGAAAACCGCCACUUGAUUCCAAUGAACACGCACUUAUAUUUAGUGAGGUGUUGAAACCUGUUUUGAAAAUUCUAUCGGAUCCUGUGGAAAAAUGCAGAGAAUUGGCGAUAAGCUUAAUUUCUGAUUAUCUAAACGUAUUAGACAAGCCAGACGAACACUUGUCUUACAUAGUCCCAGUUCUUUCAGCACGAUUAGGUCAGCAAGAAAUUAUUGAAACAUCGGAAGAGUUGCGGUUGUCUUUAGUGGAACUACUUGCUCAAAUCGUAGAAUGUUCUGGAAAAAAGAUGGCUAUAUACCUGGACGAUGCGAUCCGAAUUCUUCAAAGAACAAUUGUCGACCCAUAUCCCGAAGUGAAGAAAGAAAGCUGUCGAUGUUCAUCAAAACUAGCCAAAAGUAUCCCUGAAUAUUUUCAUAUGCAGUCGGAAUCACUUAUCAAACCACUGAUGUUGACCAUCUCGCACCAACAUUCAAAAGUCAGGACAGUUGUGGUUGAAACAAUAGGAACUGUCAUUCAAUAUGGAAAUGGGAAAGCCGUGGAAACAGUGACAUCCCACCUAGCACAACGCCUUUUCGACCAUUCCCCAGUUGUGAGGAAAGAAGUGACAAGGGUAGUGGGUGGUUGGCUACUUGACCUUCCUGAUCGUUAUUCAUUCCACCACAAACUGAUACCUCUCAUCCUCACCAGCAUCACAGAUGAACAAACUGAAAUCAGGGAUCUAGCAGAUACACUGUGGUAUGACAUAGGAAUGAAGUAUGAGAGAGAAAAUGAAGAAGAGAUGAAAGACAAGAUAGAUUUUGCAGCUCCCAAUCCAUCACACUAUCCUCCAGAUGUUGAAAGACCAAAUCUUGGAUGUCGGACUUUAGUCAUGAGGCAUUUGUCAAAGAUAUUACCAGGUCUGCUGCGGGAUGUCGGAGACUGGGUAGUGGAGACUCGUGCCAAGUCGGCAGCUCUGCUGUAUGUUCUGUUGUUGAACGCUGAGGAUUACGUGACACAGCACAUGGAGAGGCUAGUGUCGAGUUUGUACAAGGCCUGCAUGGAUGAGGAUCAGAGAGUGGUCACCGAUAUUCAGAGAUCAGCCAAACUGAUUGGUUACUUUGUGAAGCCAGAGAUAUGGACCAAGUUGGUGCUAGCCAAUGUGAAGGCCACACAGUGUUCUGGUUCCCUCAUGGUGCUUGCAUCCGUCACUUGGGGUACCUUGAGGUCUGAUCUUGAUGCAUACAUGAAACCAGUGGCAGACACACUAGCAUCACCAGACAUGUGUCAGUCUGUGCAGAUAGAGGUUCAGCUGCAGCUGCUGGCCUGUGUGGAUGCAUUGUUGAGUGUGAUGCAGGACUCCUGUUCAGCUGUGUCAGAUCAACUCUUCACCAUCCUCAUCACUGUACUAGCCUUGACUCAACAUGACCACAUCAAGGAACAGGUGAAUGAGGUGUUGAGCAAGGUGGGCAUGUUGGAGGGCCUGGGUGAGAGGGAGGAGGUAUACAGAGCCCACACCAAGACCCUCCUCGCCUCCUACCAGGAUGACUACCCCCACUGGACUCUGCAUAGUGUGGAGAGACAAGUGUUUGAUGCACUCCUUGUGGAGGCAGGCCCAGUGGUUGGGGAGCACCUGGACACCAUCAUGCCUAUGUUGGUAGCCAACCUCAACCCAGACAAGGAUCCAGAGAUGAGACUCAAGUUCUUCUCUCUCCUCUCUCGACUCAUGGUGAAUGCGGCAGGCACUGUGGACUCCAGACAACAAUUUGGUGACUUUGCUGUGAUUGUGUUGAAAGACAUGGUCAUACCCAACUGUGUGUGGCGAGCGGGUCGGACAUCAGGGGCCAUCAGGACAACAGCUGUCUCCUGUGCCUGGGCACUGCUGCAAAGUGGGGUGCUCACAAAGGAAAAGAUGUUGCCUGUGGUGGAGGACUUCUUGACUCAGCUCAUCAGCACCAUCAAUGAUGGCAACAAGAGUACGCGCCUCAUCAGCUGCCGAGUCCUGACCCGCCUCCUGGACCUGAUGGGUACAUCCCUGUCACAGGACAGGCUUCACAACAUGUACCCAGAACUGCUUAAACGACUGGACGACAGCAGCGACGAGGUUCGACUCAUCGUGGCUAAAACCUUUCUGGCCUAUUUUGACUGCUUUGAGAGUGGUUAUGAUGUUGGCCUGUAUCGUGCACACCUGGAAGCUAUUUACAGAGGCCUUUUGGUUCACCUCGAUGACCCAGAGACGUCCAUACAAGGGGCCAUCUUAGAUGUACUAAAGCAUUCAGCAAAGAUCAGCCCUUCUAUGUUGGUCACAGAAGUUGACAGUGUGAAACAUAAACAUCGUACAGGGAAAUAUUGUGAUGAACUUAUCAAAUAUACCAACAGCCUGGACCAAUGACACCAUUGUGUGUGAAGAUCGUCUCAUCAUCAACAAGUGUCACUGCUAUUGUUGCAAUUAACAGCAUGACAUUAAUUCAUAUUUAUACUGCCAACAUUGAAUGAAAGAAAGAAUAAAUAUCAAAACAAACACA